AUGCGACAGAGGAAUACCAACGUUAUCAAGGCCCUCCCCGGCCUGAUGGCUCAGCUCAAUCUCGAGGUCUGGGGAUCGAAGGAUGCAGACGAUAAAGAAGUUCCACUCGGCGAUUGGGUAGUGUACGAAAAGGCCCUCUACCGCAAGCAUGACCAAACCGUGAAGGGUUUAGGAUGCCGGGUACUCCAACCCGACGAGCUUCUUGUCCUCAUAAAACGGGCUAUGCAGGGCCUGCCUGUGGAGAUUGACGACAUUACAAGCUCGCUUUACAAUAACCAGAUGAAACGACCUCUUGGAGCUUACCAGGAGGAUGACGCGAUGGACUAA